AUGGUAAAUGAACAUAAUGUGACAUUAAGUAAUUUAAUAGAUUUUGGGUUAAUUAAACCAAAUCAAGAGGUGAAAUAUAGUUAUAGAGGUGUUUCGUAUACAGGUGUUAUUUUAUUAAAUGGGGAAAUUCAUACGAAUGGUGUUUCUUUCACAAAUCCUACACAUUGGACUCGUACAAUAAGCGGAAAUAAUUGUAGUGGUUGGGGUACUGUAAAAUUAUCUGGUGCAAGUGGUCCACCACUAUUAAAAUUAAAAAGAGAAUAUUUAUUUAGGGUGGGUUCAACAGGAAAAAAUAAAAAGAAAACUCAAAAACAACAACAACCUCAACAACCUCAACCUCAACCUCAACCUCAACAACAACAACAACAACAACAACAACAACAACAACAACAACAACAACAACAACAACCAAAUAAUAAUGAUAAUGAUAGCGAAAGUGAAAUUUAUAAAAAAAGCGAUACAAGUGAAACUUCUGAUCAAGAUAUUGAUAAUGAUGAUGAUGAUGCUGGUGGUCAAAGUAAUAAUAGGACUACUACCACCACAACUACUACAACUACAACUACUACUACAAAUAGGCAGAAUUCUCCACAAAAAAAAAUACCAUCAACAGCAAUAACAAAUCCAAAAGAAAAGAAAAAAGAAAAAAAAGAAAAUAUUUUAACAAAGAAAAAACAACAAAGCCUACAAUACCAACAACAACUACAACUUUUACAAAGACAAAAUUCGCCACCAAGUGUUUCACCAAGUAGUAGCACAUCAACCUCAUCCUCAACCUCUUCACCUGCUUCAAAUCAAAUAUUUAAUUCAUUUGGUCCAAAUUCUCAAAAUCAUAAUCAAUACGGUAUUAACUAUAAUUCUCAACAACACCAACCUCAACAAUAUAAUAAUAAUAAUAAUAAUAAUAAUAAUAAUAAUAAUAAUAAUAAUAAUAAUAAUAAUAAUAAUAAUAAUAAUAAUAAUAAUAAUAAUAAUAAUAAUAAUAAUAAUAACAACAAUAAUAACAACAAUAACAACAACAAUAAUAGUAACAAUAAUAAUAAUAAUAAUAAUAAUAAUAAUAAUAAUAUUAAUAUUAAUAAUAAUAAUAAUAUUAAUAAUAAUAAUAAUAUUAAUAAUAAUUCUAAUAAUCAACCAAAUUGUUGUUCCCCUAACUCAAACUGUCAAUACUAUGGUUAUAACCAGCAAAAUCCACCAAAACACCAAUAUCCAAACAAUUUCCUAACAGAUGGACACAAUCCAUCACCCCCAAUACCUGUGCUACCCUUUACAAAUCAAAGCCAAAAUCAAAAUCAAAAUCAAAACCAAAAUCAAAACCAAAAUCAAAAGUCAAAAUCAAAAUCAAAAUCAAAAUCAAAAUUUAAAUCAAAAUCAAAAUCAAAAUCAAAAUCAAAAUCAUAA